UGAAUGCCAGUUGCAAUCUUGUAAAUACUGUUUUGCAAUCGAAAUGGCAAAUCUGAUGAGUUCAAUUGCCGAUGUUAUUUACUUUGAUAACAAUGCUACGACUCCGUUAGCUCCCGAGGUUUGUCAUGCUAUCAACACAGCAUGCGUCAAUGCUUUUGCAAAUCCCAGCAGUGCUUCAGUUAUUGGAAAGGCUGCCAAAAAGUUAAUAAUUGAAUCCAGAUCAGAAAUUGCACAAAUGAUAAAUGCGGAUUUUACUGAUAUCAUUUUUACUUCUGGAGGAACUGAGUCGAAUAAUUGGGUCGUAUAUUCAGCGAUCAAAUAUUAUUACUCCAAAAUGUCCGAAAAGGUUUCUCCGAAUGAUUUCAAAUCUGUUCCUCUACCUCAUAUUGUCACGACAGAAGUUGAGCAUGACGCUAUGAUUGAACCUAUCCAAAAACUUGUCGAAGAAGGUAAAGCACAGGCGUCUUUUAUUGCAGUUGAUCCCAAAACGGGUUCGAUUGACCUUGAAGAUGUACUCAGAGUUCUAAAAGAGGAAACCGUUCUCGUGUCUGUUAUGCUGAGCAACAAUGAAACGGGUGCGAUCUUCCCUGUCGCAGAGAUAAUGCAACGAGUCAAAGCCGCUUCGAAAGAAUAUGGAAACUGUUUUUGUCAUACCGAUGCUGCGCAGUCUAUUGGCAAGAUGAAAAUUGACGUGAAAAAACUCAACGUUGACUAUCUCACUAUUGUGGGACACAAAUUCUAUGGGCCAAGAAUUGGAGCUCUGUAUGUUAACAAACCCGGAGAAAAGACGCCCUUGCCUCCUUUAUUUUUCGGUGGAAAUCAGGAGCGAGGUUUUCGAUCAGGGACAGAAAACACGCCAAUGAUAGUGGGUCUAGGAGCUGCAGCGCGACUUGUGAACGAAAACUUGGAAUUAUAUCGGAAUCACAUGUAUCAAAUGAAGAUGCUAUUACAUGACAAACUCGUUGAGAUGUUUGAAACUGGAUCUGAAAGGCCAUGUGUCUUUUUCAAUCAUCCAAACGUGACUGAUCAAUCGAAUUGCUUAGUCAACACAAUUAGCGUCGCAUUUUACGAUCCCGAGUGGAAAAGUUUCACGGCUUCUGCUGUGCUGAACAAUCUGUCCAAAGUGGUGGCCAGUGCAGGAGCUGCAUGUCACUCUCAGCAACACAAUGACUCAUCUGCAGUCACCACCCCCUCCAGGGUACUCAUCAGUUGUGGAGUGGAGGAACACAUUGCACUCAGGACCAUCAGGCUUUCCGUGGGCAGACAGACCACAGCUGCAGAUAUUGAAGAAGCGGUGGUGCAAUUGUACUCUGCAGUCAGCAUGGCCGCCCAGACCAAAAUUUGAGAUCGAAUUGAAGUCAAGCAUUUGAUGUCUUCGAUGACAAUAUCAAGUGGUUCCCUAUGCAAUUGAUUUCUU